AUGCCUUGGCACACCCUACUCUGUCAACGCCGCUGCUUUCAAGUGAUCCAGCGCGGCCACGACCUGCCACAGAAGUCGCUCUAUGACAAGCUUGGCUUCGCCAAAGACACCGAGGCGCGUGUUGUGCGGCGCAGCACCACUGAGCUACGACAGGCACUGCUGCGACGCGUCGAAGAGCUAAAGGACCCAGUGAAUGACCCAGCGGACAAGAAACGAGUGGCAGAGCUGAAGGACGCGUACACCCGCCUGCAGGACGACUGCUUCCGCACUAACUACACAAGUCACUACUACGCCUCCAACGACGCUCGACUACACGUCCUCUGCGACGGCGGUCAGGUGGCCGCCAACUUCAAUCCAGAGCACCAACACUUCACUUAUGUGGACCAUGCCAUUGACCGCGAGAGCACUAGCAGCGGUGUUGACUUCUCCUUGGCAAGCGGGACGGCUCCUGGAUCAGCUUCGGGCGCUAGGCUGUCCAGCCGCAGCGAGGUACCGACGGCGGAGGCGCUAGGUGAUGCCUUCCGAAACGCCACCGGCGUAGGCGAGAACGCCAGUGGCGCCACCUCGUCGAACGCCACCGCUUACAAGGCUGCGGACGCAGCAGGGCCGCUGAACGGCACCGACAUCACCCACUUGCUCCGCAUCACCCUCGAGCAGAGUCUAGCAGGCUGUGAAGUGGAGAUAGUGAUCCACAAAAAUGUCCGCUGUGCUAAGUGUCGCGGCUCGGGUCGGCAACAGCUGCGGACACCGCGGAAGUGCCCGCAGUGUCUGGGCCGUGGCUCUGUGCACAUGCCAAGCGCCACCUAUCACAUUGAACGCCGGUGCCUCUACUGCGGUGGCGAGGGGACCGUACCGGCCCCGCCGUGCCGCACAUGCGAUGGCCGCGGCAUUCAGCCCCACCAGGCGGUGCGGUUGCCGGUGGGCGUGCCUGCUGGUACCUUGUCCAAUUCCCUCUUUCGCCUUCACCACCACGGCCAUGACGGGGUGCGUGGCGGCCAUGCUGGUGACGUGCUGGUCACUGUGCUAGUGAGCGAGCACCGCUGUUUCUACCGCAACCCUGAGAGGAGCCACGAGCUGCAUGCGAUGCUGCCACUGCCGCUCUCAGUAGCAUUACUCGGCGGCCGUGUCAAAGUACCGACGCUGAAUGGAUUCGGCAUGGUGCACGUGCCGCCGUGCGUGCGAAGCGGUGAGGUUCUCCCGCUGGAUGCGUAUGGGGUACCGGAUGCCACAAGUCGAGCCUCUGUUGCGGCAGCAGCCCCACAUGCGAUCCUCUACCACGUCCUGGUGAUAAUUCCAAAGGGGGAUGCGCUGUCAGGACAGCAAAAAGCGGCACUACAGCGGUACGAGGCGCACCACAACCAUCCGUCCAUGACAGGGACAGAGGCAGAGGUCUUGGAGCCGCCUCACACCUUUGGUGGCGAAGUCCCGCAACAACAGACACCAGCGUCAUCUGGCAGCACCGUCUCCCGCGCGCAGCUGAUGGAAAGCUGCGCUGCCCUCAAAUCUUCGUACAAGCACUGGUUUAGUGCAGGCUAA